UAGAUGCUGGCAAGAAAGGACUUGUAGAAGCAGACGAUAAGAAGAGUUGUUGUUUAAAUGGCGGGCUAUGCAUAAUGAAUACAUUCUGUCACUGCAAACGAAAUUUCUAUGGUCGUUUCUGUGAGCACCGUGUACGUCAUCGCUCGUGCGGAAGUAUUCGUCACGGAACGUGGAUGGCUUCCGGUUGUCACCUUUGUCAUUGCUUCGACGGUAGAAUGACUUGUAAAGUCACCACAAUUCAUGGAUGCAAAAAAUUAUCAUAUGUCGAAGGUUACGAACACAAUCCAGAAUAUAUGGUUGGAAUGGACAAGAAGGCUGAAGAUUACGAUAAAUUCUACGACGAGUUUGACUACGCACCGGAAACGGAAGUGACGUCUGGAACCGCUAGCUUUGAAGUUCCGGUAUGGCAGCUGACGAUGGUGAUUAUUUCUUUCAGCGUCUACAAAAGCGUCGUCUCCUGAACGUCAAUCGUCUGUCAUUCUGAUGAUACAUCAUAACAUUACCAUUUUCCUAAAGAAUGGUUCACUACGAAAUCAGAAACAGACUGCCGAAGUAACCCCGCACACCAAAAGAAUGCUGGCACGUUCAUACUGAGGGAAAAAAGAAAACACCGAGUCACUUUUCACCGAACACAUGCUCUCUAUGAGAGACACAACAUACAGCGGCAUUAGUUUAUGCUGACAAUGUCAG